AGCAGGGAGAGGCGUGCUGAGGGCUCAGUGCUGGGCUGCGGGAGCCGGAGAGAGGUGAGUGCGCGGCCGGUGGAGGUCACGUGUCUGCUGAGUGACCAUGGAGGAGGCGGGUUACUCCCUGGGGAUGGCGGACAUAUCGUACCAGCCCAGCUCGGUGGAUUAUACACGUGGGAGGCUGAAGAACUGCACUGAAGAGUGGGGCGAUCGCAUCUCCAGCCCGGCCGUCUUCACCUCGUCUACACUGAAGUGGAAGGAGACUUUGCUGAGCCGAAAGCGACCGUUUGUGGGCAGAUGCUGCUACAUGUGCACCCCCCAGAGCCGGGACCGUUAUUACAACCCCAGCAUCCCAUCAUUGGGCCUGCGCAAUGUUAUCUACAUCAAUGAGACCCACACGCGGCACCGCGGCUGGCUGGCUCGUCGCCUCUGUUACGUGCUGUUUGUCCAAGAGCGAGAUGUCAAUCAGAGCAUGUUCUGCAGCAACAUGGCCGAGACGGUUCUGAACCAGAGCAGGGUAUUAAAAGCCAUGGAAGAAGUUGCGGCCGAGAACCGCCCCUCGGGAACCGCGGACCCCAAAUCUGUCAGCAAGGUGAAGAGAAAAGCCAAAAAAAUCCUGCAGGAAAUGGUCGCCUCCAUAUCGCCAGCGAUGAUCCGACUGACGGGCUGGGUUCUCCUGAAGCUCUUUAAUGGCUUCUUCUGGAAUAUUCAGAUCCACAAGGGUCAGAUGGAGAUGGUGAAGAAAGCGGCCACUGAGAUGAAGGCUCCUCUCAUCUUCCUUCCCGUCCACAAGUCUCACAUCGAUUACCUGCUGCUCACCUUCGUCUUGUUCUGCCACAACAUCAAAGCCCCGCACAUCGCCGCCGGAAACAACCUGAACAUCCCUAUCUUCAGCACAUUAAUUCACCUCCUCGGAGGAUUCUUUAUCCGAAGGAAACUGGACGAGACCCCGGACGGCAAGAAGGACGUUCUGUACCGCUGCCUGCUCCACGGGUACAUCGAGCAGCUCCUGCAUCAGCAGCAGUUCCUGGAGAUCUUCCUGGAGGGGACGCGCUCACGGAGUGGGAAGACGUCGUGCGGCAGAGCCGGCCUGCUGUCGGUCAUUGUGGACACGCUGUGCAGCAGUUCCGUCCCCGACGUCCUCGUCAUCCCGGUGGGGAUUUCCUACGAUCGUAUCAUAGAGGGACAUUAUAACAGCGAGCAGCUGGGGAAGCCCAAGAAAGACGAGAGUCUCUGGGGCAUCGCCAAGGGGGUCUUCAGGAUGCUAAGGAAGAACUACGGCUGCGUCCGCAUGGACUUUGCACAGCCCUUCUCUCUAAAAGAAUAUCUGGAGAGUCAGCGUCAGAAGCCGACCCCUGCGCCCGUGUGUCUGGAGCAAGCCCUGCUGCCCGCAAUCCUCUCCUCCAGACCAUCGGAUGUGGUGACUGAGAGCGUGGUGAGCGCCACCCCGGACCUGCACGUGGACUGCCCCAUCAGGAGGCAGAUCAUCACCAACCUGGCCAAUCACGUCCUGUUUACUGCGGACCAGUGCUGUGCCGUCAUGUCCACCCACAUGGUCGCCUGCCUGCUCUUGUACCGCUAUCGGGAGGGCGUAAGCCUCUCGGUGCUGGUGGAGGACUUCUUCUCCAUGAAGGAGGAGGUCCUGGCUCGGGACUUUGACCUGGGAUUUUCGGGGAGCUGUGAGGACGUGGUCAUGCACGCCAUCCACCUCCUGGGGAACUCUGUGGUCAUCACCCAUUCCGGACCCAGCAACGAGUUCUUCAUCGCCCCCAACACCAACAUCCCGGCCGUGUUUGAGCUGAACUUCUACAGCAAUGGUGUCCUUCACGUCUACAUCGCUGAGGCCAUUGUGGCCAGCGCUCUGCAUGUAGAGCUCAGCAGGAGGACGAGUGACGUGACGCUCGGAGCCUCUGAGGGGACCAUCAGCCAGGAGAGACUGCUCCGCACCGCCGCUGCCUUGUGUUACCUGCUCUCUAAUGAAGGAGUGAUUGCUCUGCCUUGCCAGAUGUUCUACCAGGUUUGCCACGAGGCCGUCCAGCGGCUGAUCACGUACGGCGUCCUCCUGGUGGCAGAGGAAGAUCAGGAGGACGGGAGUCCAAAUCUAACAGAGUCCACUUGGGGCAACAAGAUGUCGGACCAUGUGCGCUGGAGGAGCGAGGAGGAGGAUGAAGACAGCGAUUUUGGGGAGGAGCAAAGGGAUCGUUAUCUGAAGGUGAGCCCAGCACAGGAGCAUCGCAGCUUCAUCACUUUCCUGCAGAGACUGCUGGGUCCGAUCCUGGAAGCGUACAGCUCGGCGGCAUCAUUCAUCCAUACCUUUACUGGACCCAUUACAGAAAGAGAGUUCACCCAGAAUCUGCACAAAUACCUGCUGGCCAGGACCGAGAGGAAAGUCGCCGUUUAUACUGAAAGCGCCACUUUGUGCCUCGUGAAAAACGCAGUGAAGACCUUUGUGGAUCUUGGGGUUUUCCAAGUUCAUAAAGAGAAUCGUAACAACGUCUUGGACUUGAGCAGCACUUUUAUACCUCAGAGCAACCGGCACAAACUGCUGGACUUCAUUGUGUCUUUCAUGGUCUUGUAGACCUCACCGGGACCAGCGACCUCACCGACCUCCGGUCACACUACAUCGCCGGCGCCAGACAAGUGCCUGUAACAUGGAAUCCGCGAUCUUCCAGCGCCAUCCAGCUGUGACCACUUGUGCCCGUAUUUUUUUGUUUGGUUUUUUAAUUGUAGUCAUCGCAACUAGUGACCUAAAGACUCGAGAAACUAAUUUUUAAUAAUGACGAUUUAGGGGCAUGCUUCCUGACGCACACCACAGAGGAGAUCUCGCAAUUUCCAGUUUGUGUUAUUUUUAAAAAAAUUCUUCCCCCCCCCCCCCCCUUUGGUUGCCAUUACCAUGAUUGUUACGGUAUCUGCGCUGCGAAUCCCGGCUUCGAGAAUGUGAAAUAUGAUAUUCUCACAUUUCUGUUUGGUUUGUACAAGGUCAUUUAGAUCUUAAGCAAAUUUUUUUUAAUUUUAUUUAAUUUAAUUUUUAAGUAACUGGGUAUGGUCCAGCACCUUUGUAUAAUUUAACGAUGAAACUGCCGCCUCAUUCAGCUGUUUGGGCACUUUCUGUAUGGUGCGCGGCCGGCCUUGUGAUGCUCGGUAGUCGUUGAUUACGGCUCCAAGGAAAUUUAAUUUUUAAACUUUAUGCAACAGUAAUAGAAAUUGCAUGCAGAAAAAGGGAGUUCUGGUGUGGAAAA